AUAACGUUAAAUAUUUUGUGGAGGAGUUCUAAUUUCUCCUAUCAUUUCUCUCUUUUUAUCUUAAAAUAAAUUUCUCCACUCUUUCCUCCGGAGAUUAAACCAACUCUCUCCCCUCUCAAAUUCAUCACAAUUAUCUGCUCCAAAAAUCCCAUUUCCCCAUGUCCAAAACACCAUAAAACUAACCCUUUUCAUCACCCUCUUCAAUUAAUUUCUCUUCUGUCAUAAUAAUAAUAUUUCCAUGGCCAGCAAUAGUAACGUACUCACAAGUCUACAGAGAAAACCGACCAAAAAGACAAGCGCUAAUAACAAGACCAAGAAAACCAGGCCUGUUAAAGUUGUUUACAUCUCAAACCCAAUGAAGAUCAAAACCAGCGCAUCAGAAUUCAGGGCCUUGGUCCAAGAGCUCACCGGCCAAGACGCCGAGUUCCCCGACCCCACCAAGUUUCUGGCCACCAACGGUGAAGAUCAAGUGGGUGUUGAUUCAACGGUCAAGAUUGGAGGAGACCAUAGCAAUAGCCAAGAACAGGGCGCCACGGAGAGUAAUAAUUCUAGUACUACUACUACUUCGAGGUAUGAGGCGUUAGACGACGACGUUUUCAUGCCGCAGAUGAUGGAGAGCUUUGAGGCCGGGAUUUUCCCGUCAAGUGCUACUGCUAGUGUGUGGUAUGAUUCUGCUAAUUAUCAUCAAGUUCAUGAUGUGAUUAGAAGCCUUGAUGCAAUGUAAAAUGAAAUUUUAAGGCGAAAAAAAAAAAAAAAAGAAAAACAAUCUACUGUGGUAAGGCUCAUGUUUGAUCUCUCUGCUACUCCAUGUAUAAUGUUUGACAAACAUAGACGCGAGGUCUUUAACCAUUAUGUCGUUUGAUGAUCAUUUCUUUUCUUUGUCUUUUCUGAUCUUCUUUUUAGUACUUUUAAAUCUACAGUACUAGACCAGACGAAUCGUGUGUAUAAUUUGUGCCAUAUAGCUUUCUUGGAUCUCCCUAUUCGUGGAUUUAAUAGAUAGAUGUAUUGAUCUCUUGUUGAA